GUAUUCCCACGCUUUUAACCUUUCCUCCGACGCGCCUCGUAUGGACAACAAUGACUAUUUCUCCAUUGAUGCCAUUCUCGCUGAAAAUCAAAAACUACAGUUGACAUUCACGCAACCCAUUCCGGACAUGGGUCACCUUGGCGGUGGUUCGGAGAACGAUAUAGCUCCUAACGCGAAACGGCAGAUUCCAGUUUGGUUGGUGUACACGAUCGUUUACCUAGGAUAUGCAGAAUUCAAUAUACCCCCUCCGUUUAGCUCCAAAGUGCGUAACGCGCUUCGAGCGGAACCACGAAGUGUCAGACUGUCAAAUCUCGUUGGAGCGGGAGGCUUGUGGUACGGGUUCGGGAAAACGAUUACGGAAAUGCUCAGUGACGAACAAGGGAAAGAAAUGUCAGAAAUGCUAACAAGCGUGCGUCGACAAACGCAGAUAUUCAGUGGGUUGACACAUGGAAUAGACCUUCAAGGGGCGUCUCGUCGAGGUCAUCGAUCAAGCCCAGCACUUCGCUGCGCUGGGUCCUGUGGGAGGGGGAGGCGGGCCCACUGGAGAUUCGGCACAAGCAUUUCGUGAGGGUUUGGAUGUCACAGAACGAGAAUUGUUCACACUGGCGCAAGAAAGUGCAAAACGAAUGAAAAAGUGGUACGAGGACAGCGAUAAGGGAGGACGAUGAACUAUGAAUUUUUUUUCGAAUCCAAAUCUUGCUUCUUCUCAUCGGGUGCAAUUUUCUUCAGCUCGUAAACGAACCUGUAUUGUCCAUGACUGCGUUACACUUCAGAGAUUAGUGCAUUGUAAUUAUCACACACCAUUUUACGCUAGCCCACAAGCAUAAUUCGAUGAAUAUCAAACUCAAGAUAUGGACGUUGCCGUGCGUGACGAAAAGGAGUCCAAGGAGGAUUAGAAGUAGCCCAACGAACGCAGCAUCCAAAAUAAGGAGGAAUGUCGGAUGAACAGAUGACCCAGGGGCAAGGAUAUUAGAGAAAAACGAUACGGUAGAAUCGACAUGAUUGCUUGGCUCUUCGGACAUCAACAAAUAUUUCAAUGCUCGAGAGGGAGAGCUAG